AUGGCCGCUGGAUGGAGGAAGAGGGUGCUAGGGGAAGUGGGCGACGAUGGGGAAGAGAUAGGAGCAGUUGACUGCUGGGAGAAGGGACCUUUCCGCAGAUUCAGGAUGAGGGCGGAAGCUGAGUCCCACUUCAAACUGAUUUUCUCUUCUGGAAAGCUGGGCGACGCGAACGGCGAGAUCCAGCGGCACGCGGAGCAGCAGGCGCUGCGCCUCGAGGUGCGCGCCGGCCCGGACGCGGCGGGCAUCGCCCUCUACAGCCACGAAGAUGUGUGUGUGUUUAAGUGCUCGGUGUCCCGAGAGACAGAGUGCAGCCGCGUGGGCAAGCAGUCCUUCAUAAUCACCCUGGGCUGCAACAGCGUCCUCAUCCAGUUCGCCACUCCCAAUGACUUCUGUUCCUUCUAUAACAUCCUGAAAACCUGUCGGGGCCACACCCUGGAGCGGUCGGUGUUCAGCGAGCGCACAGAGGAGUCCUCCGCCGUGCAGUAUUUCCAGUUUUACGGCUACCUGUCCCAGCAGCAGAACAUGAUGCAGGACUACGUGCGGACAGGCACCUACCAGCGCGCCAUCCUGCAGAACCACACGGACUUCAAGGACAAGAUCGUUCUGGACGUGGGCUGUGGCUCUGGCAUCCUCUCGUUUUUCGCCGCCCAGGCCGGGGCGAGGAAGAUCUACGCAGUGGAGGCCAGCACCAUGGCCCAGCACGCAGAGGUCUUGGUGAAGAGUAACAACCUCACUGAGCGCAUCGUGGUCAUCCCCGGGAAGGUGGAGGAAGUCUCGCUCCCCGAGCAGGUGGACAUCAUCAUCUCGGAGCCCAUGGGCUACAUGCUCUUCAACGAGCGCAUGCUCGAGAGCUACCUCCACGCCAAGAAAUACCUGAGGCCGGGGGGAAACAUGUUCCCCACCAUUGGUGACGUCCAUCUGGCACCCUUCACGGAUGAACAGCUCUACAUGGAGCAGUUCACCAAGGCCAACUUCUGGUACCAGCCAUCCUUCCAUGGAGUGGACCUGUCAGCCCUCCGAGGCGCUGCAGUGGACGAGUAUUUCCGGCAGCCUGUGGUGGAUACGUUUGACAUCCGGAUCCUGAUGGCCAAGUCUGUCAAGUACACGGUGAACUUCUUAGAAGCCAAAGAAGGAGAUUUGCACAGGAUAGAAAUCCCAUUCAAAUUCCACAUGCUGCAUUCCGGGCUAGUUCACGGUCUGGCUUUCUGGUUCGAUGUUGCCUUCAUCGGCUCCAUAAUGACAGUGUGGCUGUCCACGGCCCCGACGGAGCCCCUGACCCACUGGUACCAGGUCCGGUGCCUGUUCCAGUCACCACUGUUCGCCAAGGCCGGGGACACGCUCUCAGGGACAUGUCUGCUUAUUGCCAACAAAAGACAGAGCUAUGACAUCAGUAUUGUGGCCCAGGUAGACCAGACGGGCUCCAAAUCCAGUAACCUCCUGGAUCUGAAAAACCCCUUCUUCAGAUACACAGGCACGACGCCCUCGCCCCCACCCGGCUCCCACUACACGUCCCCCUCGGAGAACAUGUGGAACACGGGCAGCACCUACAACCUCAGCAGCGGGAUGGCCGUGGCUGGGAUGCCGACCGCCUACGACCUGAGCAGUGUUAUUGCCGGCGGCUCCAGCGUGGGCCACAACAACCUGAUUCCUUUAGCCAACACGGGGAUUGUCAAUCACACCCACUCCCGGAUGGGCUCCAUAAUGAGCACGGGGAUUGUCCAAGGGUCCUCCGGCGCCCAGGGCAGCGGCGGCGGCGGCUCCAGUGCCCACUACGCGGUCAACAGCCAGUUCACCAUGGGCGGCCCCGCCAUCUCCAUGGCCUCGCCCAUGUCCAUCCCGACCAACACCAUGCACUACGGGAGCUAGGCCCCUCCAGCGUGGAACAGACUGACAGCACCAGGAAACCAAAUGAAGACCCUGCCCACCCACUCCUCUGCCUGGGCGGCUUUCACCCCUGUACCGGAGAAGCCCAAACACCCGGUCACAGCCCUCUUUGCUAUGGGAACUCGGACACUUUUUUACACGACAUUGCCGCCGCCGCCCCCACUCCACCGCCCACCCACAUCUUGGCCCCGAGCGUGUGUCGCUGCCGUAUUUUACACGAGAUCAUGUCGUGGGAGCCCCGUUUCCCCCUCCUGCCCUCCACCCUGACCUGGGUUUGACAUCCUCCGUAACAGGCGUGUCCGGGCCUGACAGCUGCAGGCCUGGCGGGGAGGUCGGGGGAGCAGCUGCGCACCCCCCCCCCCCCCCCCGGGCCCGCGGCGCCGG